GCGCGCGGCGCCGGCAGCGGCCGCGGAGGAGCGCGGGGUGGAGGGUAGGGGAGUGAGGAGACACCCGCCCGGCUCCCUGCAAAGCGGCCUUAUUUAUCUGGGUGCAGCCUCAGCCUCCCUGGUGGGAGGCUCGGCGUGGCUAAUCUUCUUCCACCAGGGAGCUCCUCUCCAGGCGCGGCCGAAAGGGCCCGGCCAGGCCGGGGCGCGAGGUGCGGGGUGCGGCCGGGCCCUGCCGGCCAGUCCAGCACCUUGACGGCCUCCACACUCGGCGACGCCCGUGCCGGGCUACCCAUGUCAGGAGGUUGCCCAGAGGACCGCGUGGCAUGAACCAGAAGCCCGGGCCCAGGUAAGAGUGUGCGAGGAAGAUGUCAAGCCCGGGCAUCAACGGCGACCCCAAGCCUCCAUGCUUGCCUCGAAAUGGUCUGGUGAAGCUGCCGGGCCAGCCCAAUGGCCUGGGUGCAGCCAGCAUCACCAAGGGCACGCCAGCUGCCAAGAACCGCCCCUGCCUGCCACCACCUCCACCUAGCCUCCCACCACCCAACCUGGCCACCCCACUUGCCCGGGCUGUCCUGUCUGGGGGUCCGUGUCCCCCAGCAGGUGGUCCGGCCUCAGCUUUGGCCCCUGGGCCCCCAGAAGAGCGGCCACCACUGGCCACAGAUGAGAAGAUUCUCAGUGGCCUCUUCUGGUACUUCUCAGCAUGUGAGAAGUGCGUGCUAGCUCAGGUGUGUAAGGCCUGGCGGCGUGUGCUUUACCAACCCAAGUUCUGGGCAGGCCUCACACCAGUGCUGCAUGCCAAGGAGCUCUACAACGUGCUGCCAGGUGGUGAGAAGGAGUUCGUGAACCUGCAGGGCUUUGCUGCAAGAGGCUUUGAGGGCUUCUGCCUGGUCGGUGUCUCUGACCUGGACAUCUGUGAGUUCAUCGACAACUAUGCGCUCUCCAAGAAGGGUGUUAAGGCCAUGAGCCUCAAGCGCUCCACCAUCACUGAUGCUGGCCUAGAGGUUAUGCUGGAGCAGAUGCAGGGUGUGGUGCGUCUGGAGCUGUCCGGUUGCAACGACUUCACUGAGGCAGGGCUGUGGUCCAGCCUCAGCGCCCGCAUCACUUCACUGAGCGUGAGUGACUGCAUCAAUGUGGCGGACGAUGCCAUCGCGGCCAUCUCACAGCUGCUGCCCAACCUGGCUGAGCUGAGCCUGCAGGCCUACCACGUCACGGACACAGCACUGGCCUACUUCACAGCGCGCCAGGGCCACAGCACCCACACGCUGCGUCUGCUCUCCUGCUGGGAGAUCACCAACCAUGGUGUGGUUAAUGUGGUGCACAGCCUGCCCAACCUCACCUCGUUAAGCCUCUCCGGCUGCUCCAAGGUCACAGACGACGGCGUUGAGCUCGUGGCCGAGAACCUGCGCAAGCUGCGCAGCCUCGACCUCUCGUGGUGCCCUCGCAUCACGGACAUGGCGCUAGAGUACGUGGCCUGCGACCUACACCGCCUAGAGGAGCUCGUGCUGGACAGGUGUGUACGCAUCACGGACACUGGCCUCAGCUAUUUGUCCACCAUGUCGUCCCUCCGCAGCCUCUACCUGCGAUGGUGCUGCCAGGUGCAGGACUUCGGGCUGAAGCACCUUCUGGCCAUGAGGAGUUUGCGUCUCUUGUCCCUGGCAGGCUGCCCGCUGCUGACCACCACGGGGCUGUCAGGGCUGGUGCAGCUGCAGGAGCUGGAGGAGCUGGAGCUGACCAACUGCCCUGGAGCCACCCCCGAGCUCUUCAAGUACUUCUCGCAGCAUCUGCCCCGCUGCCUCGUCAUCGAGUAGCGCGGAGCUCCCCGCCCCGGAACCGGGAACCCGGCCAUGCUUUGGGCGGGACGUGAGGCGCCGCGUAGCCCCCUCUUCACCCCGGCUCUGCCCCCUCGUCCCAAACCCAGCUUGGGAGGCGGGGCGAGCUGAAGGAAGCCCCGCCCCGCGCCCCUCUGCUCCUCUCCGCCCUUCCCGGGCAGAGGGGCGGGGGUCAGCCCACGCACGCACGCACACUCGGGGACCCAGUGCAUGCCCCUCGUGCCCGCACUGCACGCCGCCCUCUGCCCAGCUACAGCCGCUGUCAUCACUCGCCCGCCCGCGGGGGGCGGGGCUCGGUUCUUAGGGGUGCCUCGAGCUCUCCCGACAACCGCCCUUUCCGCUUUCCCCGCCACAGCCCUCUCUGUCACCCCACUGUCCCCUAUCUCUGGCAGGGUCCAGGGGGAUCAAGGGGGGCUGGGUCCCCCCGGACACAGGGCCCGAAAGAGACACAAGGGCUUCCCGCUUCCACUGCACCGCGCCUGGAGCCCUCUGAGGGGUGUGAGGGGAAACAGGCCACCGCCAAAGCCAUGGCCCGCCUAGGAGCCCAGGUCCAAUCCGCACCCUCCCCCACCGUUCUUCCCUUCCGCUGUGUGGGGCAGUCCCCUGUCGCUGCCCUCCUCCCCACCCAGCCUACAGGUCGUUGGACCCUGGCCAGGCUGGGACACAGUUGGGUCGGGAGAGGGGCAGGCUGGCUGACCAUUACCUUGGAAAAAUCAACAUUAGCCCAUCUGGCUCUAGUCCAUUUCAACCCAGGGGAGGUACAGGCACAGGCAUCCUGAGAGACCCCAAGCUGGAGCCACCCUCAGGACUGUCAGGGAGGGCUUGGAGAAAGCCUAGUCCAAACCCCACACCUCACCCCCCAACUACCUGGGCUCAGGCCUCAGCACAUGCUUUACCCUAGGCAGGUCUCCUCAGGUGGAAUCUGCAGAAAUGGGCCUGGCCAUGGGUCAGGGUGAGAACCGAACAGCUACUCCAAUUGUCCAGCGGCCAGCACACCCUAGACCACCCCGAGGGGGGUGGGCUCCUUGCUAGCCUGCCCUCAUCACCCCACCCCAGCUUCCCAAACCUCUGCCUGCCCAAAUGGGCUCUGACCGUGUUCUGUCCGGUCCCAAAACAUUCGGAAGUCCUGGGGGAUGGUGCCACAUUUUGGCAAUUGCUAAGGAGGGGGCGGGGACCCCUUUCCAUCCCAACCUUGAGCCCCAGGAGAUACAGCAUCCACAUCCAAUCUUGGGAUACCCCCUAUCUGGUUGGAAGAGAGUAACCGGUUUCCAGAGAGCCAGAGAGUGAGAAAGGAAGAGAGUGAGAGUGUGUGAGCAAGAGUGAGAGAGAGAUGCUGUUGAAGCAAAGAAACACUUCAACAGCCCAAAGAUUUUCCUGCCCCUGGAGAGGCCCUAAGAAGCUCCAGGGCUGAAAUGGUCAGGAGCCAGUUUCUUCAGCCCCUCCUCCCCACAGCCCCCUAGUGGGGAGAGAGCAGCUGUCCAUUUGCCCAAAGUAUUAAUGCAUCUGAAGCUGUGAUAUUUCAAACGAAGCAGGAAAAAUUAAGGGGAAGAGAGAGGAAAACAAGACCAACCAACCCCUAAAAUCAUUUUGUUAUUGUACAUAACGACCUCAUUCUCCUGUAUAUGCCGAAGAUAUAACCUUAUAUUUGGUAAGUGUUUCUUGUGCUAUUUUAUCACGUGACCUGUUUAUAAAAAUAUAUAUUAAAAAAGUUGUAAAAA